AUGGAUUAUUCAAAUUUGAAAGGCGAUCGAUUAAACGACAAUUUUAGCGGUAAAAAUGAAAUGAACGAUGAUCAGUCUGCUGUGAUCUUUAAAACUGAUGUUAAUCAAAUGAAUUUCAACUCUUUUAUCAGUCAACAAGCUGUGAAAUCAUGGCUGCCAUUACCACAUCCAUGUGUAUUUGCAUCGAAUUGGUCAUCAGUCUUCCAGUUUAAUUUAUUUAAACAAUAUCCAUUCUUUUGUCUCAGCUCAAAUUCUACGUCUCCACUGAAUAUAAUGGAUUCAGACGUAAGAACUCAUCAUUUUGGAACUGUGACAAAAGAGGCAAAGUCGAGCAGUAGUCAUUGUGUUGAUGACAGUGAAGAUAAUGAAGUGGUUUCAAAUCAUAGUGAACUUACUGCCAAAGACGGAGAUAAGUCAAUCACAGAAAAUGAAGCUGAGGGUCAGAAUACACCGUUGUUAACCACCAAUAAUCAUAAAGAGGGCAACAGUUUCCUUCCAAAAAAGUUUACAACUCGUGAAACCACGAAUUUUUUAAAAUCAUGGUUAAAUGAGCAUAGACACAACCCGUAUCCUACAAAAAAUGAAAAAGUUAUGCUUGCUUUAACCACAAAAAUGAGUUUAACACAAAUCUCCACAUGGUUUGCUAAUGCAAGAAGACGAUUAAAAAAAGAGAAUCAAAUGACAUGGGCGCCAAAAAUUCGACACCAUAGAAUAUCUAUACACUCGGUGAAUAGUAGUAAUACGCAUGCUAAUUAUCAUAGCAAUAACAACGGUGGUCGUAUUCACCGUAGAUAUGACUAUCACAGUUCUCAAAGAUUUAGUAAUAAUAAUAAUAAUGGUCUGUCCAAAUUCAAGUUUACCCCACAGACAGAUUUUUUGACGAAUCAGAUCAACUCCAGUAAUAUAUAUCAAUCGCAUGAGGAUAAUGCAACUCUUUUAAGAAGGCAAUUAAUAUUGGAUCAAUUAUUACGUAACAAUAAACAACUACAACAACAACAACAACCACAAGAGCUGUAUGCAUCACAGUUAAACGAUAGUUUAAAAAGAACUUCCAACAUUUUAUCGAUUAAUUCCGAUUUUACUGAGAUUAUCCCUGUACUAGGUCAUGUAUCUGUUAAAAGAACAUCUAACAAUGACAAUGUCUAUAGUCCAGCUGAUGAGGUUGAUGAUGACGGAACUCAAAUUCAUGUCAGUAAUGAAAUUAAGGAUAAUGAUGACCAUAUUUUGUUGAAUGAUAAAAUCAAUAGCCAAGAUACUCCACGAAUUCCUGCUAACAGACCAACUGAUGGUGACGAUGAUGAUGAUGCUAUUCCUUGUUCCACAGCAUCUUCAUUGCCUUCUUCUUCUUCGCCGACAUCAGCUAAAGAUGCUUCGCAUCGAAAUUUUCAAAUGAAUAUUUCAAAAAUUUGGUCAGUUGCAGAUGUGAUUGAUUAA